UGUUCAGACGGCCUUGGCUCCGUACUAAGCAGCAAAAGAGAAUAUUUGUCAUUGUUCUUCCCGCGACUUUGUUUACUAUUUGUUUCUCACCAAUGUUAUUUGGACUCUCAAACAGACUUGGCAGCCGAUAAUUUUGGACGAAAUCGCCGGAGCAACUGUAUGGACAAAGGGAAACAGUACUGCAAAGAUGUUGUGCAUAAGGAUUACACCAAGAAGUUUGAGUCAGAUACACAGAUCAGUCACUGCUAUUGUCAAAACCUGCAGAUUCACAACUCCAAAUGUCACGAACUGUGUAACCAAGAAAAUAAAGUUUCCUGCUUCAUUACCAUUAACAUGGCAUAUUGAUUCAGUCCUUUGUCAGUCUAGAGCUUAUUCUUCAAAAUCAUCAGAAACAGAACCCCAGCAAGAACAAGAAUCAGAUCCCCAAAACUCUCAGCCAGAAGCAGAACCAACAGAACCAUUAAGGACAAUAUAUAAAUAUCGUCAUAUCACAACUGCACGCACUGUUGCUAAGGUGAAAAUAUUUCAGACAGCUGUCGUUUGUGGAGUUGUACCGUACUUAUAUUCAGGCUAUCUAGGUGGAUUGGUGUCUUACGGAGCAUUGAUGAGUAGUAUAGGCAUAAUGGUUACAGCAACCUUUAUGCUGUAUGUUCUUAGUGAUCUAAUCAGGAAAAUUAUCUGUAUAUUGAAGUAUAACAGUGACACUGGUGAAGUACAUAUUUCCCAUUUAACCUUCUGGGGCCGUAGAAGGGAUGUUAUACUGGAUCUUUCGAACAUUGUUCCGAUCUCUGACUCUGCCGAGAAUAUUACUGACACCUACAUAAAGGUGAACACAUAUGAUAAAAGUGAAUCAUUUCUCAUAUUUAUCAAAGACAUCCCAGAGGAAGAAAAAAACGAAGUUUUGAGGAUUCUUGAAUAAGGAAUGAUUAUGCCUGGACUAUUUUUGUUUGUGAAUUUUAUCAAAAGUAGACUUUAAAAAAGAAUUACCACUGAAUGGUUUAUAUUCCUUUAAAAAUUUCAUUGUUGAUGAGACUGGAUAAUUGUGCCUCCCACAUGUAGUGGGAAGACAUAUCGAUUUAGUGCUGUCCGUCUGUCUUUCAGUCUGUCACAAAGUUUGUUCAUGCAAUUCUUCCAACACUACUGCGGAGUGGUGAGGGAUUUACACCAAACUUCCCAGGAGCGAUCAUUUAUUGCCAAGCCUAGUUGGUCAUAUUGCCAACAUUUUCCGGUUCAAUGAUUUUCAGCAGAGUUAUGGCCAUUUAUUCAUGAAAUUUUAUAAUGUUUUGGUCACUUCUAUUAUAGUAUUGGGCGGAUUUCCACCAAACCUCACAGGAGUGAUCAGUGUCUGGCCUCAUUAUGCAUAAUUUUCGGCAUUUCAGGGUUAGUGAUUUUCAGGGGGAUUAUUGCCCUUUAUCCUACCACUAUGCAUUUAUCAGGCCGAUAUCUGCCUGCUGUGUAAAUUUGCGGUUUAUUCAGUCAAUACAGGUUUAUACUAUCAAUACAACUGACAGACUACUUUUUCAAGUAUAUGUGCUAUAGGCAGUGUAAAUUGGGCCAAGAGUUCAAAAUUGAAACAUUCCAUCAUUUUCCAAGGACAGCCGCGGUAAAAAGUAAAAAAUUGGUUGACUCUAUAGAAGUAAACCUCAAUACAGAAUGGUACGUUGACGUUUUUAAAGUCUAGGUGAAUCGACCUUGACUUUGUGUAUUUUGGCGUUCACUCAUUUUUAUGCCCCCGAAGGGAGGCAUAUAGUUUUUGAACCGUCUGUCGGUCUGUCAGUCUGUCAGUCUGUCCGCAGUUUUCGUGUCCGGUCCAUAUCUUUGUCAUCCAUGGAUGGAUUUUCAAAUAACUUGGCAUGAAUGUGUACCACAGUAAGACGAUGUGUCGUGUGCAAGACCCAGGUCCGUAGCUCAAAGGUCAAAGUCACACUUAUACGUUAAAGGUCAUUUUUCAUGAUAGUGCAUUCGUGUCCGGUCCAUAUCUUUGUCAUCCAUGGAUGGAUUUUCAAAUAACUUGGCAUGAAUGUGUACCUUAGUAAGACAACAUGUUGCGCGCAAGACCCAGGUCCUUAGCUCAAAGGUCAAGGUCACACUUAGACGUUAAAGGUCAUUUUUCAUGAUAGUGCAUUCGUGUCCUGUCCUUAUCUUUGUCAUCCAUGGAUGGAUUUUCAAGUAACUGGGCAUGAAUGUGUAUCAACAGUAAGACGAUGUGUCACGCGCAAGACCCAGGUCGGUAGCUCAAAGGUCAAGGUCGCACUUAGACGUUAAAGGUCAUAUUUCAUGAUAGUGCAUUGAUGGGCGUGUCUGGUCCAUAUCUUUGUCAUUCAUGAAUGGAUUUUAAAAUUAUUGGGCAUGAAUGUGUACCACAGUAAGACGACGUGUGGCGCGCAAGACCCAGGUCCGUAGGUCAAAGGUCCUAAACUAUAACAUCGGCCAUAACUAUUCAUUCAGAGUGCCAUCGGGGGCAUGUGUCAUCCUAUGGAGACAGCUCUUGUUAGUUAGAAAUUACACAAAUAACCAGAUUUAGCAGUCAUUUAUUGUAAUUAUUGGAUCUAAACAAAUCAUGGAGGAAGGAAUUUCAUUUACCUCAAAUUGUUUUGCACGGAAAUAGAGUAAAUUAAGGUAGAGCUUGCGGGCAUUUGAAUUCAUCUUAAGCAUGGAUUUCGGCUGUAUUUUAUCCGAGUCAAAACCACUCUGCUUGUUUUGUACAUGAAUGCCCUGUUAGCACCGAUGAUUUAUAUAUAAUACACAGAACUUCAGAAGGUAAAGCAUGAGUUAAGAAAUAAUGUUUUAUUGUAAGGAAUUGUGUGUAACUUGAUCAUAUAGGCAAGGGCUUAGGAAUUUACAAGUGAAUGAACAUUUGGAUUAUUUUUAUAAAGAAAAUCAUUUUAUAAGGAAAUAUAUAUUAUACACAGAUUUUACUGGCUGCAGGAUAAAUAGAAUAUUAGGUUACUGUCUUUCUUUACUUAAGUUUAUCCACCUGUCUCCGAAAUGUUUAUUCCCCUCGGCAAGCCUCGGGGUGGAUAAACCUUUCUCCAACACGGUGGAUAAACUUAAGAAAGACAGUACCCUAAUAUUCUCUAUCUUAUUUGUCAAAUUUUAUGAUGUUUCGACAACUUCUUUUAUUUUUUUGGUGGAAUUCUCAACCAAACCAUAUUUUUGUCAUGAAUAACUGAUUUUCAGCAGAGUCAUGACUCUUUAUUUGUCAAAUUCAUUUAUCUGUGCUGCUUCUCUUAUACCACAGGUUGGAGUUUUUGUUAGAUUUCACUCUACAAGACCAGAGUUUCUGCCCUUUACUUAGUCAAAUAUAUGUAUUAAGGGCAUACAAGUUUGUAUCCCAUGUAUCUUAAAAAGUAUUUUUUUGACAGAGAGACAUAAAACAUUAGAGGAUUGUAAAAUAGCAUGUGAAGGUGUGCACCUGGUGUUCUCAGUGGGACUUUACUCAGCUAGACCUGAGUAAUGGUCCUUGACUUAAUGAAAAAUACACAGAGUUCUUAAAA